GUUGGCGAGGCAGUGCAUGCGCUGCGUUCGAGUCUACAGUAGCCAACCAAGUAACAUGUGGGAUGUGUGCUGUAGACGCCCAUUCGGACACGGCAUUCUGAAAGGCGCCGCAGGCAUGUCAGCAUGCAACCGCAGAAGGGGCUGUGCGCUCCCACUAUCGCAGCUGCACCACUGUCCCAAAGCGGUAUCGUGGCUGGAACGUCGGCGACUGUGUACAUCGCGAACACCGCCCGUGAUCCUCGUGCCCGCAGAAAAUCAGAAUUCGACUCUGCGUAUUCUGGGCACAGCCCUCUUUUGUGGGUAUAUGUAGCAGGUGCGCUGGACGCUCGUAUUGUUCUCGUGAGCGUAACAAUACUCAAGACCGAACGCCACUGGUAUAGUUGACCCCAAUAACUUCUCUCUGCGUAUCUUCGUCUUUCUAACCACGUUCUUAGCUAUACCUAUGAUUCGAGCUCAAGCGACGAUGCCUUCUACGACGAAUUAUACUCGUCUUCCGAGCGUGGACCCAGAAGAUAUCGACAGUGGAGAGACGAAGCUGUAUCCCCCGCCAUACUCCGCGCAUCCGGCUACGGAGCUGCAUAUGUCGCCGACAGUCGAAGAGACGUAUCUUCCAACCGAGCCCACUCCCGCUGAGCGCUAUGGAUGGAGCUCCCCUACGUCCUCUCCGGAAUGGAUCUGGCCACUGGCAGGCGCAACCAGCCCGCCGAUAUCCACCACACCUCCCCCGGGCGGGUCGUCCUCACAGGGCAGAGCCCAGUGGAAUAUCUACAGGGAGCUCGGCACCAACGCGAUGGAGUACAUCACCUCGGCCAUAGCCUGUAUGAUCGGCUGCGCCGUCUGGGAGACCCUGUGCGUCCUCAUCGGCAGCGGGCUCCUCUCCGCGCACGAGCCCUUCGCGAGCCACGCCGACGGGCUCCUCGAUGCGGGCGUCCUCGGCGCGGGCGUCGUCGCCGCGGCGUGCUGGACCGUCACCUGGGCUUUCUUCAAGCUCGAGGCGCGCUACGAGGUCGAGAGGGGGCUGGUCGAGCGCAGCCCGUCCACGGUAGAGAUACAGGGGCUGGACCUGGAGAGGGUGGACUACCCGCUGCAUCGCUACGCUGCGCCGGUCGCGAUUUGCGCGCUGGUGGUGGCGCUCGUCGGUGGGGCGGUCUUUGGGCCCGCUUUGGGUACGUGGAUGCUCGUUGGGAAGGGCGAGCUUGUGGAGGGCGGCAUCAACGCAGUGGAUGCGCUGAUGUGUGGCGCGGUUGGGUCUGGAGGAGUUGUUGCCAUCGUUGUUAUCGUCUUUGGCUGCCCGAUGUAUGCCUGGCAUACAUGGUGUGGUGUAUGCUAACGGAAAACAGAACCCAAUACAACUGCCCUCAUCGCGGUCGUAAUAGAGUACAUAUGUGACUGAUCCCCACAAGUCAACACAUAGUAGCGUGUACUACUAGGCUACUGCGAGUUAGCUAUAUUGAACUCUCAUCGCGCAUGCGUAUGUAGACAUUCGACUCGGAGUGUCGAUGUACAGUACAUCACUGUCACAGACUGUACAUGGGUGGCGG